AAGCAGCAACUUUCACAUUGCGACGUAAUGCAAACGAUUUCACCACAUCUUGAAACCAAGAUAAACCGCCCUAAUCAUUUAUUUGCAGCAAUUAUCGGUAGUUCUGGUACCCAUACUCACUUACGGGAGUGGCUUUAUGAGAACGACACAGCAGCACGCCUCACUUGAAUGAAAGAAGCUGGUGAACGGAACUCAAGGAAUAGUUUAGCAGACUUCUAAACUUCAAACGACUCGUCCUCCACCAUGGCGUACGCUGCGUAUUGGUCAAGCAUCAAAGGUGACACUUCAUUACAUAAACCCCAUGUUCCUCAGACCUCAAGGUUCCAGUCUCAGCAGGUCACACCCACCCCAACAACUCAGGUCUCCACAGCGAAUCCUGCAAAAUAUGAGAAAGGACCUACACAAUCGUCUACUGCAGUUGUGACUGUCAAACCCAGCACCAUGCCUGCAACCCCAGCAGCUCCUUCAGGAGCAUCUGCUGCGGGAGCUGCAGGAGGUGGAGGCUUCACCACCACUCAGAAAGGACCUUCUCUAGUCACGCCACAGGCCACAGUCUCUAAACCCACACCUGCACCUUCUGCUAAAGUCCCAACUGUGAGCUCUGGGACUGGACCUUCUGGAACGACAGGAGUGAAGCUCACAGACCCUCUGAAAGACAAGGCCCAGAGUACAACCAUUCCUUCAUCCAAACCGGGAGCUGCUAAGGUGGAUCCGGCUGUUGGGAAGCCCUCAGCCCCGGCCGGUGCGCAAAAGCAGACCAGCGCUCAAAAGGUGCAAGUGGAAGUGGGUCCUCCAGGAGCUAAAGUCAGUACGGAGGAUGUAGAUCCGUUUGAUGCCCUGUCUGGCACAUUACCAUCAUCACGACCUGUGGCUCCUAAAGUCCCAGCAUUCACUGGACCAGAGGUCAAAGAGCCAAAUGUAAAAGCAGAGAAGGGUUUUAUCUGUGGUGAGAGAGAUGACACAUUGCCGCCCGGAUACCGACGAGCAGACCUGGAAAAGAAAACACCUGCUGGAGUUCCUGAGAAGCCUAAAGAUGUUCCCAAGCCUAUAAGCACAGACGAGGCGAUGGACUCCCUCUCAGCAGGGUUUGUGUCUUCAGCUCCAGCUGCUCCCAAGAAGACAGAUGAGAAAACUGAAACAGUAGGAGCAGUCGAUGUUCGUUCGGCGGGCAUCUCCAACUUUGCUCCCCCUCCACCCUAUCAGCAGAAACAACCGUCAUCUCAGCCUGCUGCUGGAACCAAAUCACCUGCUCCACCAGCUGACAAGAAAGCCAGGAUCGAGACCCCUGCACAACCCACUAAACCAAAGACAGAUCAGACGGACAGCUCCAUGUCGCUGGACGCUCUCAGCGCUUUGGGUGAUACACUGGGUGCUCCAGAACCACCCAAAAAAUUACCUGAACUCAAGCCUGGGCAGAUAGUUGAUGAGAAGAAAUGGACAUCAGAGAAGGGUGUUCGCGUCGGGGAGAGAGAAGACACACUCCCACCAGAUUAUAGAUUCUCAGAGGAAGAGCUCAUGAAAUAUCCUCCUCCUGAGAAAGAGCCCUCACUGAACACAGACGAUGCACUGGACUUUCUUUCUGGAGGUUUCACGGAGCCCGCGGCAGCCCCUGUUGUUAAGGCCCCUGUUCCUCCUGCACAGGUAAUAAUUUAUAAUCAUUUUCCUGAGAAAUGUAAAGAUGUUCCCAAGCCUAAAGUGGAUGAAUUAUCAGCACUGGAUGCUUUGGCAGGUGAUUUUGUGGCUCCUGCACAGUCAGUGCCUAAGGUUUCUUCGGGGGCUCUUAAAACUGGCCCUCUGCAAACACCACAGAACGAUGAGGACGCUCUCAGUGCUCUGGGCGACACACUGGGUGCACCAGAGCCACCCAAAAAAGAAGCUGAACUCAAACCUGGGGACAUCGUUCAUGAGAAGGAUUUGACAUCAAAGAAGGGAGUUCGUGUUGGAGAGAGAGAAGACACGCUCCCACCAGGUUACAGAUUCUCAGAGGAAGAGCUCAAGAAAUAUCCUUCACCUAAGAAAGAGCCCUCCUUAGACACUAUUGAAGCUCUGGAUAUUCUGUCUGGUGAUUUUAUACCCCCUUCGGCUGGCAAGACCCCCGUUUGUCCUCCCUCUAAGUCUCCCGCUAUGCCUUCAGAUUCUGCUUCAGAUUUGGCUUUAGAUGCUCUUGCAGGUGAUUUUGUCGCUCCUUCUUCUGCAUCUAAAGUUCAGUCUGCCGUCUCUGGCCCCCCACACGCUGGCAGACAGUUGUCAGACGGUACCUCAUCAGCUUUGGAUGCCCUCUCAGACACUCUAGCAGACUUUAAAGCAGCCCCUGAGCCUGCCCCCGUCCCGCCUAAAGACGUUGUUAAGGAAAAGAAUAUAGUUGAGGAGAGAGUGAAUAAACCAGGUGAGAGAGACGACUCCCUUCCACCAGAUCAUCGGUUCAAAGAGGAAGACCGCAAGGCAUUUGAAGCAGCAAAGCAGAAAGACGUCAAACCAAAGCCGACAUCAAUCGAUGACACAGCAGCCCUUGACAUGCUGUCUAGUGAUUUUUCUGUAGUACCGCCCGUGAAGCCCUCAGCACCUGACGCCCAAUGCUUCACCCCUGAACCACAACCGCCAACAUUUAAGGCAUCAGGUCCAGUUUUCGACGAGCUGGCGGAAAAAGUGAUUCCCAACCUGACAGACCCCAAAGCCAAAGACAGCAAACCAAAGGGAAAGGCUGCAAAACCAAAGUCUAAACCAAAGAAACAGUCAGUAGAAGAUUCAUCAGCCACAGAGAAGCAGCCCGGUAAACUGAGCUCAGAUGUGGUGCCUUCAUCUUCCACAAAGAGCGGAAACAGAUAGAUCACACAUUUAUGGUGUGUCUCCUCAUCCCUAAUACAAGCAACCAUUAAAGGGAGCUUCUCAGUCUAGAAAUAUAUUUUAUGGUGGACAUGGAAUGAAACAAAAAAAAAUUAUAACUGCACACAGACACUUAAACAUGUAUUUUCAGAGUCCCCCUUCCUCUUCUUUUCUCCUAAAGCCAAGCAAUAAAUAUAACAAUCUUUUAUCUCCUUGUGAAUGAUAGAACAUGUAUAUACGGAAAGGAUGUUUACAUCAAGCGCAUGUAUUGUUCUGUUUUUUCAGUCAUUUAUUUUGGUGUGUCGUUGUGAUAUAAUUUUUUCCACAGUUAAAAAAAAAAAUUAUGCCAUAUACAAUUUUUUUUCCCCUCUUUACUGGGGUUCUGGCUACAGUUUUCCUGUUCACAGAGAUGACAGUCUGUUGCAGUUUGAGGAUCUAUUGAGACACUAGUGUACAGAGAUGCCGUAGGUUAUGAAUUCAUCGUUUACAUCGUUGCCGUAGAUGACCGUGAUGAUGUCUUUUUGAAUGCUGUUGAAUGUCUGUAUAAUGAUACUAGUCAAAAAAGGUUUAUAUGGGAGGUGUUUUUCUUUGUAGUUUGUUUCCUGAAGUGCACUUACAAGGAUGCUCUCGAAAAUAACUGUAAAAUAAUAUUGCUAACACUAAACGCCCCAUAUGCCCAUUUAUCACAAAAGCCUUGGAAAAUAAUCGAACAGCUUGUGUUGCACAUGUUGCACUCUUAAAAUGUUUUCCACUUGAUUUUGGAGGUGAAAUGAGAAUUUUUUAGCUUAAGCUCAAGGUUUUAAAUGUAUUUUCAGAACCACUAGUAAAUUGACAGGUGUUACAUUAUAUGUGGUGGGCAAAGUCAGGAUCUUUCACUUUAAUUCACUUGUUUAAGGGCAACCACAACGUUGCUGUUUUGCUUAUCAUCAGGGCUCACUGUUUGAUGCUUUAAAAUCUUCUAAUAGCUUUCAUAGCUGAUGAUAGAAUCCUAAAUAUGACCUUUAAACCCAACAGUGUCAUGAAAUGUUGAACAGAUUCAGAUCCUAGAGCGUUCUAAGAUGUUGUGUACUAGUCAUUGUGACAGGACGGUAUUUUCAAGAAGGGAUUUUUACUUAAAAUAUAAAACAACUUGUUUUGUUAGUUUGGAAUGUUCUGUUCUUAAAAUCUUUAUUCAAAUAAAGGUGUAAUGAUGA